AUGGGUGAACGGAAACCUGUUCGCAUCCAUCUCGACUGCAGACCCCUUGGGCAUGUUUCCCCGAUGAGCACACCUCGUCAAGCUGCCGUCAUUUGUUACAGCUCCCGUAUGCAUUGGGCUGGAAGUUAUGCUGUGGGAACUUCUGCCACUGAUGACAUUGUUCAGGAUGGCCUUCGUGGAUCUUAA